CACUGAGUGAAGUUUAUCCUUGGUUAUUGAAAUUGACCCGCCUCCUCCAAAGCCCGCGGCUUACCGACAAUGCACCUUCCUUGACAGAUGCUUCACAUCUUUGCAUAGCUGGCAAUUGAUUAUUUCGCUGCAAUGAGAGAAAGACCAGAAGACUUCCUCAAGAGGUACAGCACCACAGCCAGGCAUGGUUUCCUGCCCGAGCAGCUGCCACUGCAACGUCUGCCACAGGCAUACUAUGGUCCCUGGGAAGAACUGGUUGAACACCUCCCUGAUCUCAUCAGAAGUCGGCGGAUCAGGUCUAAGAUCGAAUGUCUUCCUACGCUUGACACAGUGCACUUGCAGGAAGAACCUGAAUGGCAGAGAGCAUAUUCACUAUUGGUUUUCCUGACUCAUGCAUACAUAUGGGGAGGCGAAAGACCAGCAGAGAUCCUCCCACCUCAAAUCACGUGUCCUCUCCUGCAGGCUUCUGAACAUUUCGGUCUCCCACCGCUUGCGACUUACGCAGCGCUCAACUUGUGGAAUUUCGCUACGAAAGAGUCUGACGGCGACCUUACCGAACCAGGAAACCUCCGUUCACUACACACUUUCACGGGCACCAAGGAUGAGGAGUGGUUUUACCUGAUAUCGGUGUCUAUGGAGGCGACGGGCUCCAUUUUCAUAUGGGAGCUGCUAAGGUGCCUGCAUGCCAUUGGGCACGACGGCAGCAAGACAGUAUUGUCAUGUCUUCAAUCCAUCACAGCAGGUAUUGACGACCUUGGGCGAUUACUGGAGCGAAUGCACGAGCAUUGUGACCCGCAAGUAUUUUACCAUAAUAUCAGACCAUUGCUAGCAGGCAGCAAAGGCAUGGCGGCAGCUGGCCUGCCCAGAGGCGUUUUCUACGAUGAAGGAGACGGGAAAGGGGAAUGGCGACAGCACAGUGGCGGAAGCAACGCUCAAAGCUCUUUGAUUCAGCUGUUGGACAUUUUUCUCGAAGUCGAUCAUCAUGCGACCGGAGAUCGGAGUCCCUCGCAAGAACAUUCGGCUUCAAAAUCAAAUCCUUUCAUGCAGGAAAUGAGGAACUACAUGCCACGGAUACACCGAGAAUUCCUAAGUCAAAUUGAGAACUUGAGCAAUAUCAAGGACUAUAUGUCGCGGCCGACCACAUCCGACGACGUUCGAGAGGCGUACAAUGAAGCUGUCGCCGCACUGGUCAAUAUGCGAGAUAUUCACAUCCGCAUCGUCACGCGCUACAUUAUUAUGCCUUCUCGGAGCCCUCCUGCUCAUUAUAUCGUGCUGGAGAAGACACUUAACCUGGCCACGGCUUCUUCGACGAGCCAAGAACCGGAAAAUUCGGGCUGUGAGAAGAAACAACUGCAAGGAACGGGAGGAACGGAUUUGAUUCCAUUCCUGAAACGGACUCGCGAUGAGACGCGUGAUGCCACUGUGGCCAUAUGACGUUGAUGCAUCGAUUUUAGCGAGCAUAGAAGUAUACAAGUUAUGCACGAAUAGAUUUAGACUGUACAUGGCGUACUGAUGGUCUGAAGC